AUGCGCACUGUCCUUCCAUGAGCUUGCAUAUAUAUCCAUAGCGACAAAAACAGCGACGGGCCGCGGCGUCUCCCAGGACAACGGCGGCCAGACAAUGAACGAGCGCCCGGAUGGCAGAAGAGACGCGAGCAAACGUGUCUUUUUGAACCGGGACGUUUUCCAAACGUGUUCUGUCCGUUUGCGUCACAAUUGCUGAAUAUCUCGCGGCGCGUCAUGUAGCGGAGGCCGCGCGCGGAGGGGAACGAGAAGACGCCCGCGAGAGCUUUCAUUAAAAGCGUCGGGAAUAUUCACGCAUCUUUAAAGCUGCACUGUGGAUUGAGGAUGGAUGUAGGUGCGUUUGCAGGUGGGGAUGGCAUCCCGAGAAGAGCGGAUUUGGUUGAGGGUGGACUUGAAAUCGUGCCGCUGGAAAUGUACGACUCGGCCCGAGCCAAGAUAGAAGCAAACCUUCGCUGGUUGUUCGCCAAAGCGUACGGUGAAGAGCACAUCCCGACGGACCUGCGAGACCCGUUCUACACGGAUCAGUACUGCGUGGAGCACAUCAAGCCUCUGGUGCUGUCUCUGCUGCUGUCCUCGGAGCUGUACUGCAGGGUGUGCGGGCUGCUGCUGAAGGGAGACCAGGCGUCUGCGCUCAGCUCCCAUCAGGCCGUCAUCCAGACGCUCGCACGCCGCGGGAUAUGUGUCAGAGAAGCAGACGACACGCCUGUCUCCCACGACGACCUCUCCUCCAUCCCCGUUAAGAUGAGUUCUCAUAUCCCGCUGAUAGACGCUCUGAUGAUGGCGUAUACGGUGGAGAUGAUGGCUGUAGAGAGAGUCGUGGCGAGUGUCAAACGCUUCUCCACCUUCUGCGCCUCUAAAGAGCUUCCCUUCGACAUGGAGGACGCCAUGCUGUUCUGGAUCAACAAGGUGAUUCUGAAGACGAGAGAGCUCUCCGACAAGGAACUCAAGAUGAAGCAGCCGCUGAUGGAUUCGCCGUGCCAUCAGAAGUCUCCCUCAAAAUGGUACUGGAAGCUCGUGCCUGUACGGUACCGGAGAGAACACCUGACCGGCCAUCUGUUCCCACACCUGGCUGUGAUGGAGGAUCUGAUGAAGGGUGUUUGUGAUGGAGCGGCUCUGCUAGCAGUCAUUCACUUCUACUGCCCUGAAUACAUGAGGCUAGAUGAUAUAUGUCUGAAGGAGGUGCCGUCUCUGUCGGACAGUGUGUAUAACAUCCAUCUGCUGCGGGAGUUUUCUAACGAAUACCUGAACAGGUGUUUUUACCUGCACACUGAAGAUCUGCUCUACGGCCCACCGGUGCUGAAGCAUAACGUGAUGGUUUUCAUUGCUGAGCUCUUUUGGUGGUUUGAAGUAGUGAAGCCGGACUUCGUAAAGCCAAGAGACCUUCAAGAGAUUAAAGAUGUGAGAGCGUCUCUUCAGCCAAAGAGUUCCCGCCCCCAUGUUCCCAUAUCCAAUUCCACCAAGCGAAGCUUCUUAACUCCCUCCCCUUCAGCCGACUCGCUGGCGACAGCUACCACUCCUGACGGUUGUAUGCGGUAUUACUUGCACCCCGAGGAGUCCUUGUCUGUAACAAACAGAAGCCCCUCCCACCCGCUCCUCCCACUGCGGCAGAGACAGCAGAAGCCCGCUCAGGGGGAGGAGAAUUCAGAGCUCAGGAACAGGUCAAACUCUUUGUCUCGUAUGGAUGGACUCAUGUUUGGAUCACAGUUCGCCUGGAUGGAGAGGAAACAAAGGCCGAUCUCUCAGAUGGAGAUGGAUUGGGAACGUGUAUGUGGUGAUAAUAUCAGCUUGGCUCGAUCCAUUAGCAAGGACAGUUUAGCUUCCAACGUUAUCUCUAUUACUCCACGACACCGCAUCAACGGCCAGCCCUUCCCCCAGACACAUCACUAUGAGAACCAGGAAGAAGAGGAAGAGCUACUGGCUGUGAUUAACCCAGAGGGCGCAUCUGCAUCCAGAGAUGCCCGACCUGAGAGUUUCUUCUUGGAACCGUUGCAACCUGCAGUUCUACGACCAAAUAAGGAGAGAACGGGGAUUAGUAAGUGGGAGGAGAGUGGAGAGGGGAGGAGUCAGGGACGCCGGGGGGCGUAUACACCCACAGAAUGCACUCUCAACCAGACGUUUACUCCAGUCGGUAGCAUAGAGCAAGCAAGCUCUCGAGCGCAAUCUCCUGGAUGCUUCCUCCUGCAAGACGACGUGGAGUGUGUGCGGGACAGUCCGCUCGGAGGCUGGGAAGACAUUGCCUCGGAUUCAGAGUUUGAGGAAGAUGACGAAAUAGAGGUUCCGGAGCAAGAGCUUUCCAAAGCAGUUCUGAUGCAUGCUGGGAGGAAAUGCGUGGGACUCGGAGAGGAAGAGGAGUCUGCAAAACUGCGCGAGGAUGUUUGCUUGCAUGAACGGGACGAUAAGGAAGACACGAGUGGACGGGCGAGUCCUUGCCCCAGCUUGUUGUCACAAGCCAGCAGCACGUCGACCGGACGCAUGACAAGUUUCGCAGAACGCCGCAGGAAUAGAAUCGGAUUCGCCGAUGGUUGCUACAGCACCGGGAGCUCGCAGACAACCACUCCUGAUGGAUCCGAAAGCGUGCAGUUCCCCUCGGACGUGAGUCCGGGAACACCAAGUGGCCGACCUGGCCUCACCUCUGAACUCAUACACCUUCGCAUGCAGCUGGAGGAGAAACGGCGCGUUAUUGAGAUGCAGAAAAAGAAGAUGGAGAACCUUUCAGCUCGUCAACGGCUGCAGCUGGGAAAAGCGGCGUUCUUGCAUGUCGUUAAAAAGGGGAGGAGCGACACAUUGCCACACCCACUCAAAACCGGAAUUGGGUUUAAAGAGAAACUGCUUGCGAAGGAUGACUCAUGCGUUGAGGUUCUGAAAGCCCAAGAAAAAGACACGGAGUGUAAAGAAACGCCAGUAGAGAAGGAUAAAGACAAUCGUUUGAGUGUAACAGGAGGGGGCGGGGCUUUGGGCAGUGCGAGCGGAGAACCAGAUCUCGGCGAAUGUAGCCGCUCUAUCGAGCUCCUGAACGAAGCGAUCGGAGCAAUACAGCAGCAAAUGAUGCAACUGUCUCUCCAGCAGGACUUGCUCAUGAAACAGACUACCCAGUCCCCGCAGGAAACAAAACCGAGCAUUGUGCCACCCUUAACCGAACACCCGCCGGAGCAAACCGAGACUAAGUCGCACCUCUCCGUGCAGUUCACAGAAACCCUUUCCACCGCGACCAAACGUCCUCCCAGACUCAGCUCAAGUCGUACACCUCGGAUGAAACCUAGCGACCUCAAACUGAGCAAAGAUGCAAACAGUCGUCCAGUAGAGAAACCAAGCACUCCGACACCGGGCGGCAGGACCCCCCGGGCUGAGAAUGAGGAAGAGGGUGGAGCUAAAGAGGGUGGGUGUGGCUCAAAAGGAAUUAUUCGCAAUACUACCUUUAGACUGCAGGACUCCGCUGUCCAACGCGCCGACAGCCUCGACUCGCCCCAAACCGAACUCCCCACGGAGGAACAGUCGCCUGUCGAUCCGACCCGGGAACAGAGCGAGUCCAGCGGCUCUGGAAAGGAGAACGGUCCGGGUUUAUCCGAGGAAAACAGAAUUAAAGCACAGCUGAUUGAAGUGGACCUAUCUGACCUGGCUGAACCGUCUGAAACUAGCACAGAACCUGAUGGUGAACAGAAAUCUGGACUGGGCUUCUUCUUUAAGGAUGAUCAGAAAGCAGAGGAUGAGCUGGCUAAGAAGAGGGCGGCGUUCCUCCUCAAACAGCAGCGUAAGGCCGAAGAGGCGCGAAUACGUAAGCAGCAGCUGGAGGUGGAGUCAGAGCUCAAACGAGAUGAAGCCAGACGAAAAGCUGAGGAAGAACGUGUGCGUAAAGAGGAAGAAAAGGCUCGGAGGGAGCUGAUCAAACAGGAGUACCUGCGCAGGAAGCAGGAAGAACUUCUGGAGGAACAGGGUGUGACCAAACCACGCCCACGUAACAGGAGGCCACGCCCUAAAUCGCUGCAUCGUGCUGAAUCUUCCUGUUCUGCUCGUAAGAAAGCUUUACUUUUAAAGCGCCAUAUUUCUGACUUGACAUACAUACUACAUUUGAUUUUGACGUCACAUUUCCUCUCUCCAGCGGUUAGUCUUUGUUCUGCUCCCUCUGGAUCAUCUCUCUCAUUGGCCUCUGCUGCUACUGAAGGCGACAGUGUGGCGUCAGGAGGGGCCAGUUCACACAGGGGGGAAUCUGUGGAAUCUUUUCCCAUAUUGAGCCGAAAUGCGAGCAGGAACAUGGAACGAGACUGGGACAACGGCUCAACGGCCUCAUCUAUCACAUCUGUAGCAGAAUACAAUGGGCCCAGAUUAUUCAAGGAGCCUAGUGCAAAGUCCAACAAACCAAUCAUCCAGAAUGCCAUCGCUCACUGCUGUCUGGCGGGAAAAGUCAAUGAAGCCCAGAAGAACGCCAUUCUGGAGGAAAUCGAGCGGUGCGAGUCCAACCACCUCAUAAUCCUUUUCCGUGACGGUGGAUGUCAGUUCAGGGCACUGUACAUAUAUUCCCCUGAAACAGAGGAGAUCGUCAAGCUCAAAGGCACAGGGCCGCGUGCCAUCAGCCGCAAAAUGAUCGACAGACUCUACAAAUACAGCUCUGACCGCAAGCAGUUCACCGUCAUCCCCGCCAAGUCUGUCUCGGUCAGCGUAGACGCUCUCACCAUCCACGGUCACCUGUGGCAGGCCAAGCGGCCGAGCACAUCAAAGAGAAAAUGAUCCCGCUUCCUAUUGGCUCAUUGGAACGAUCUGCUGCUUUCUGAUUGGCCACUGCAUAAUAUUUCCUUCUUAAACUGCCGUUUUGCUAUUGAGCAGGCCUCCUAAAAUCCUAUUGGUCCACGACAUUCCUACUGGACUCCUGUUUUCCUAUUGGCUCACAAGUUGCCACGCUCCCAUUGGCCACUGCGCUGUGACACAAGCAGUGCUGAGGAAGUCAGAAGUGGGUGGAGCUUGAUGUUUGAUUGACAGAGUUAAUGAAUGUUUAAUAGGAUUACGUCAUCGUUCAGUGUUAUUUUUUUAGGCAGGGAUCUGCAUGUGACACUUUUUUGUUUGAUUUUACCAUAGUAUUAAUUUACACAGGAACAAAAGACAACACUCCCACUACUUGAACUAUGAAUUAUGGUUGCUAUGGUUACACAGGCACGUGAAUGUGUGUAAGAGCGCGUCUGUUUUUUUGAUUUGUCAUACCUCUCCAUAUGCUGCUGUUCAUACGUGACACUCAAUUUAGCAGUGCAAUGCAGUGAACACAUGACAGAGGAUCUGAGUGUGUGUGUGUGUGUAGAUGUUGACCUUCAACUCUUCAUUGUUUUAAAAUGUUUAUCAUGCAAUGCUUCUGUAUUAUCCAUCUUUACUUUUUUCAUGUAUUCAUGCUGGCUGCUGACAGUAUUAAUGUACUUUCCUAAUUUUUCACUCAAGAAUCAGAUUGUCAUAGAAACACAUUGCCACUGAUUGUGUGUGUGAGUGUGUUCAGUAAAGAAUGUAUGCACUCCAGGGACUCCUGUGAGCAGGGCUUUCUGUUGUAUAUGUUUGGAUUGUACAAAACUUUGCUUUAACUUUUAUUUAUUAGCUCAUUAUUAUUUACCAUAUAUUUAUUUUAAAGAAGAACACUGAAAUUUAAUAAAUUAUACAACCGAAA